CAAUACAAGCAAUCAACAGAGAUUUGAGAUUUGCGCGCUUACCUUUCCUCGCACCGUUCAGGAUCCAUUGCUCCAUUUCCGAAUGCCAGCAGGGUUUUUGGUUAAAGCGCAAUUAUAGAAAAAUGAGUUUUGAUUCUUCUCGCUCGGCGAAUUCAGUUGGCAAGUCGAAGAGGAAUCUUAAUUCCAACUCUUCAAAUCCUUCCGAAGGAAGCAAUAAGAAUAACAAGAAAAAAAAGAUCAACCAGAAAACUCUUGGCAUGGCCUGGGGUGCCAAUUCCCUCUCUUCUUCCAGAUCCUUCUCUCGCAAUUCCCCUUUCACUGAUUUUGGAAGCUACAUGGUGGAUAAAAACCGAAAACUUCGAAACCAAUUCGAUGCGGAUGCUUCAACUUCUUCGCUUAGCGAGUCUGGUAAAGCUAUAUUUCAUGGGGUUUCAAUUUUUGUUGACGGGUUCACAGUUCCCUCUAGUCAGGAGCUUCGAGGUUAUAUGUUGAAACAUGGAGGCCGCUUUGAGAAUUACUUUUCGAGGCAUCGUGUUACUCAUAUCAUCUGCAGUAAUCUUCCUAACAGCAAACUUAAGAACUUGAGGUCCUUUAGUGGUGGGCUUCCAGUAGUGAAACCAACAUGGGUAUUGGACUGCGUUGCUGCCAAUAGGCUUCUGAAUUGGGUUCCUUAUCAACUAGACCAGCUUGUGAAGGAAACAUGUAACCAGAAAAAAUUGUCGGCCUUCUUUUCUCUCAAUGGAAACUUUGUAUCUGAGGGUUCUGAAACUUCUGCAAGCUUCCAUGAGAAGCUUGAAACUAAGGACUCAUUGUUAAAUGAUUGCAUGAUUAAGAAUGCAUUGUUAUCUGAACCAGAGGAAUCCAUAAAUGACACAAAACAAUGCAUUGGGGAAUCUGUCUUGCAUGAAAAGUCUUCUGAAGUGGUGGAAGAACAACCAUCUUCUGAUGAUGUAAAAUAUGGUAAUCUGAGAUUGUUAGGUGCAAGUUCCACUGACAUGGAAGAUGAAAACAGUGUCAAAUUGGUGUCUCAGUCGAGACCUGACAGCCCUUCGACUUCAGUCAACUACUACUUUUUGGAUAGUAAAAAUUCUGAAGGAUCACCAAAUUCAAGAAGAAAGAGUCCUUCUAAUCAGUUGCAUUCAACUCUUGGGGAUCCUAAUUUUGUGGAGAACUAUUUCAAGCAUUCAAGGCUGCAUUUCAUAGGAACAUGGAGGAACAGGUAUCGUAAGCGUUUUCCUAGCUUGCCUGAUGGAGAUAAAUUUGGAAAUCCUCAUAAUAAUGCUCUGACUGUUCCACGGAAAAUUAUCCAUAUAGAUAUGGAUUGUUUUUUUGUUGCAGUUGUCAUCAAGAACCUUCCUGAGUUGCGAGAUAAACCUGUUGCAGUAUGCCAUUCCAACAAUCCCAGGGGCACAGCUGAAAUUUCAUCUGCAAACUACCCUGCUCGGGAUUAUGGAGUAAGGGCUGGAAUAUUUGUCAGAGAUGCAAAAGCACUUUGUCCUCACCUUGUUAUUGUCCCUUACGAUUUUGAAGCAUAUGAAGAGGUUGCUGAUCAAUUUUAUAGCAUCUUGCACAAACACUGCAACAAAGUGCAGGCUGUAAGCUGUGAUGAAGCAUUUUUAGACGUGACAGACCUUGAAGAUGAACAUCCUGAACAGUUGGCUUCAAUUAUCAGAAAAGAGAUAGAUGAGACGACAGGAUGCACUGCAAGUGCAGGCAUUGCUCAAAAUUUGCUCAUUGCUCGCCUUGCCACAAGAACUGCUAAGCCAAAUGGCCAAUGUUACAUCCCUCCUGAGAAGGUUGAUGCUUAUUUAAGUGAACUUCCAAUCAAGGCACUUCCAGGUGUUGGGCAUGUUCUAGAAGAGAAAUUGAAAAAGCGUCAAAUUUGGACUUGCGGCCAGUUGCGUAGGGUUUCCAAGGAAUCUCUUCUAAAGGACUUUGGUACAAAAACUGGUGAUAUGCUUUGGAGUUAUUGUCGUGGAAUUGAUAACCGGAUGGUUGGAAUGGUUCAGGAAACCAAAUCUAUAGGUGCUGAAGUGAAUUGGGGUGUGCGGUUCAAUGAUUUGAAAGAUAGUGAAAAUUUUAUUGUGCACCUUUGCAAGGAGGUAUCCUUGCGCUUGCAGGGAUGUGGAGUGCAGGGACGCACUAUUACUCUAAAGUUAAAAAAGAGGAGAAAAGAUGCAGAGGAACCUAGAAAGUACAUGGGAUGUGGAGACUGUGAAAACCUGAGCCAUUCUGUGACGGUCCCAAUUCCUACUGAUAAUGAGGAUGUUCUUCAAAGGAUAAGCAAGCAACUUUUCAGUUCUUUUCACAUUGAUGUGAAGGAAAUUCGGGGCAUUGGCUUGCAAGUUUCAAAGCUGGAAAGUGCAGACACAGGGCAUGACAAAAAUGCUUUAAUAUCAUGGCUCACCAAUGCCUCAACAAAUACAGGGGAACCGCAUGAAGAUAAAGAGGGGGUUGAUAGAGAUUGUGGGAAACAGAGUUCAGAUGGAAAGUCUCAUCAAUUCAAUAAUUUGAAUGGUCCUCCAUGUCAAAUGCACACUAAUCAAUCAAGUAAAGCUUGUUUAAAUCAGGUCUCAUCAUUACCACCACUGAGCCAUCUUGAUAUGGGUGUUAUAGAGAGUCUUCCUUCAGAAAUCAUUUCAGAAGUAAAUGAAAUGUAUGGUGGGAAGUUGAUUUAUUUAAUUGAAAAAGGUAAAGGCAAGGUUGACAGAGUAAGCAGUUCCAUUUGUAGUACAUCACGUGUAAAAGUUGAAGGUGUAAAAGACAAGGGUAAAAAACCUCUUUUUCCACAUAUGGUCUGCCAAGAUGGCAUUCCAACUGAAGACAAGAAAUCCUUGAAUGUUGAACACUUACUACUGCCAUUUUCUGAUGUAGAAAAGCCAAGACAGGAAAUGCAGUCACUACCCGCUACUACACCAGGAUCCUCAAAUUUGCAGCUUACAAAUUCUUGUGAAGAUCGAAUUGAUUUUAUGCCUGCAUCUUUAAGUCAAGUGGACAUAUCAGUUCUGCAGCAGUUACCUGAAGAAAUAAAGGUCGACAUACUAGAGGUUCUUCCUGCACACAGAACAGAAUACUCCAGUGAAGCUACUGUAGGUUCCACAAAGGAAUAUCAACAUGAUACAGGAAGAGUAAAGAAAGGAGAUAACCAUAUGGGAGAUUUAGGUUUUGUUUCAAGGAAUAAUAUUUGCAUUGGAAAUCCUCCAGAAUGGGUAGAGAAAUUCAAAGUCAGUAAUUGCUGGAUACUGAAUAUUUUUGUGGAAAUGUACUGCAAAUCUGGGCAAACUGGCCUCUUAUCUUCAGUUCUGCAAAGUGUAAUUUCUAUGCCUUAUCUACCUCUGGAUGCAAGCUAUGAGAAUAGGGACAGAGCUAUUUGUUGCUUGUGCGAGCUUCUUAAGCAAUAUAUUGAACUAAAUAUAGAAUCUGAUAUUGAGGAGAUACAUAUUUGCUUUCGUCUUCUGAAAAGGUUGGGGACAAAGUCAAGGUUUUUUCUUCAGGUGUAUGACCUUGUGUAUCCUUAUCUUCAGGAGUUGAUGGCUUUUCUCAUCUGGCUUCUGUCAGUGAAAACUAUGGGGGAAACUUGCAUAUUUGAAAUACAAAGGAGUUCUGAUAUUAGAUUGUCCUGUUCUUUGAAAAGGCUGGUUUUGUUCCCCAACACAGGGGCAGAUGCAGUCAGCACAGCGCCCAGUCAAUUACUGGUUGAUUUGAUUAUGUCUUUGCAUUUGAUGGACAAACGACAAAGAACAUGUCGUGGGAAAUCCCAAGUGACUUUGGAACAUCAAUGGAAAUUUGACCUCUGGGGGAAGCAUCUAAUUGCAUCUAUUCAUUACCUCUAUGGGAGAAAUGAAGUAACAUAUCCAAUACAUUUUUGCGGUGAAAAAGCUGAACCAGUGAAGCAUAUGGUUGGUGACUUAUCAGCUAGUAAUCUUGCGAGAUGGAGGAUGUGCAAUUUGCUCUCUGUUUUUGCAGAGUACUUCAAUCUCCAGUCAACUCACGACGUUCGUGCUGAUGAACAUAUAUCAAGUGGUAUAGCAGAACCUAAUGCAGAUUUCAUUUAUACGUUGUGAUGAUUCAUGCAAAGAUGGAUUGGGGACAGCAGCUUGGGUUAUCCUGGAUAGUCGGCGUUAUUUUGUGCUGAAGCCUAUGCUAUCUCUAGUUUUGUAUAAUAUGCAAAAAAGUUCUCUUUUGUGAUAAUCUCAUAGCCAUCGACUUCUUCAAUUCGAAGCGGUCACUAUGUUCAUGGCAAAGCAGAGCAGUCCUGAAAGAAGUUCUUUGUUUUAAGUCAUCAUUAUUGGAUAUUGAUUUCCAUUAUGUACAUUGUAAAUGUAAUACUUUGGCACACUGUUUUAUCAUAUUGUUGUCGGGUGACUUGUGGCCUUC